UGUAUACGCGUUUAAAAAUGUCGAAUUGGAGAGCGAUAUUUGUUCAAAUAAUGUCGAGGAAAUUGCACUGCAUUUACCAGACGAUCAUUUUAACGGCGGUUUAAAAUUCAUUCAAACGGUCGCGUUGUUAACAAACUUCUGUGGUUGCCAACUGCCGAGAAUCGAAAUGAAUGGAAAUAGUUUAAGAACGCGCCGAUAGGAACCGAAUACAUAAGAAAAAAAAAAGACUAAAGACGUUUUGUUUUGCAAUAAAAGCACUGAAUAUCUAUAAAAAUGAAGAUUAAAAAGCAGCUUAGACGACAGUAGAGUACACGGGAGUUAACUACACCGCCUGCUUUUUUACAACCAAUAGAUGGCGAGAGUGUCACGCACCCAACGAAUAUUCAUUUACGUCAGUUUUAUUUUUCAACGUUCCACACCUACAUUGUAACUGUGUACAUGCAUCGCGCGCACGUGUUUAUCCUAACCUCAAAAUCGCCCGUCGGAAUUUGGCGUGGUCUGGUAUAAUUAGAUGCGAUAUUUAUGGGAACACAAAGAGGCAGAAGCUAACAAAGACAUUUUGUGUAAAUAUUAAGCUUUGACAAUGGCGAUGCAAGUUCCGACCGACGUGGAUCAGAUUAAAUCUUUUCGAGAUUUCUUAACCUCAUAUAAUAAGCUUUCUGAAAUAUGCUUUAUCGACUGCAUAUCUGACUUCACUACGCGAGAAAUCAGAGCCAAAGAAGAAAAAUGCGCCCUUAAUUGCAUGGAAAAGUACUUGAAAAUGAACCAGAGGAUAUCUCAACGUUUUCAAGAGUUUCAAAUAAUUGCCAAUGAAAAUAUUCCAGCAGCUAAAAGACAGGGUCAGAUAAAUUAAUUUAACUAGAAAAAAUAUUUAAAAAAUGAUCUUGUCAUGAACGUCUAUCUGAAUCUUGU